AUGGCAGAUAUCGUCUCUAUAAAUCUGAAUAAUAAUGAAUUAGAAAGAUUUACAGGUGAAGAUUCUGUGGAAUGGGUGACACCGUCUUCGUCAGAUACUUUACCGAGGAUUCCAAGUCUCAGUUGUGAUGAUACAGUAAGGAUUUUGACGGAACGGGAUCCAUCAUUUAUUGUGAAUGAAAUGGUGCCUGAAUGGAAGAAGGAGAAUGCAAAUAUGAUGAAGGAUAUGUUUAAUGAUCUUUUGAGCACGAAAUCAUCUGGAAAUAUGGUUGAUGAAAAGGUAUCUACUAGGAAAGAGAAUGAAAGAGGAUCAGUUUUUGAGUUUUGGGAUAUAAAAAAUUCAGAAAAAAAAGCAUCUAAAAUGGUUAAUUUUUCAUCAUCAAAACACAUGUCGGAUUCAACAGAUAAAUUGAAUUCAUCUUUUGCUAAAAACAAUGAAUCCGUUUCAGUGAAGCCUAAUAGUUUUAUUUCUAAAUCAGACGUUUUUGAAGAUAGUUCAGAUUUCCAAAAAGAGUUUCAGGAUCAAAAAAUAUGUAACCAAUUUACAUUUAAUUGUAAUCUUCCAAGUAAAAAUACAAACAUCGAGCCGCCUACAUGUAUGAGUAAUAACAAAAGCAAAAGUACAGUAUCUCCAACAAAGUCCCCUUUAAAAUUGUUUCAUGACAACUUUGAUACAUUUACAAAUAACAAGCUUGCAGCUGCUGUUUAUGAGUUAGCAAAUCAAGAAACCGAUGAGGAUACAAAUACAUCCGCAAAUGGUCCAGAAAGAAAAAGACUUCGAACUUCUCACGAACGAGUGAGCAGUAUAACAACUCAAGAUUUUUUAAAUGAAGCACAAGAAAUUAUGGAGCGUAUAAGAAAUAGACGUAAUACUACAGGGAAAUUUACUCUUGAAAGUGUUUGUGAGGAAGAGGAAAUAAGCGAAUCACAAAAUACGGUUCCGAAUGUUCAAGAAAAAAAUAAUGUUUUAAAAUCUAAAAAUAGUAUGAACUCAUGUUUAGCUACCAUAAAUGAAACACCUGCACAUUCCAUGUUUAGCGAUUGGUCUUCCGAACAUACAAGUUCUAGAAAUACUCUUAUUUCCCAAUCAGAUUCUUCAGCAAAAUGUUAUAAAGAAAAUAAAUAUUUAGAUGCAACAAAAAAUGUAAAACUUCAAGUAAAUAAAGAAGAAAAUUUUGAUUCAGUAAAGCAACCUUGGGAAAAAUCGUCAACUUUUGAGCAAACACAUGCUUUUAAGACUUCAGUAUCUUUUACAAAUAAAGGUCCUAAUUCUAAUCGAUUGAAUCAUAAAUUAGUAUCUUCAGAAAAUUUGAAAAUAAUAACUCCACAGGAUGUUUCUCAGUUCUUAAGUGAUAGAAUUGGUUCAAUGACUUUGGACAAAACAAAAAAUACAUGGGUACAGGAUUUACAUGAUAAAACCGAAGAUGUAUUUGAAGGAAUACAAGAUUUUCCUGUAUCUCCAGAGCCCUUAAAUGAGAUCGGAAUUAAAGAGAAUAAUAUUCCUAGAAAUAGCAUAAAAAACCUCAAUGAAGAUUCUAAAAUUUGUUUUGUAGAAAAAACAUUCAAACCAUAUACAGAGAAAUUAAAGGAUGAAGCAAAGAAUUCAUUACAAAAGGAAAUUGUUGAUAAGAGUAUUCCAAAAGAUUAUAUUCAUCCAAAAGAAGUAAAUUUUAAUCAAGAUAAUUUUAAUGUUAAUUCUAAACUAGAGUUUAAAGAUAGUUUUCAACACUCAUCUAUAGGUGACUCAGAUUUAUUCGUACAAACACCAAAACAUGAUGAAUCAAUUCAAGAUAAAAAUUUUGUUGACGAAUUCAAAAAUUCAAUAAAUAGUAAAUUUCUAGAAACUCAGGAUAUCUCUAAUACAACAUUCAAUUGCAGUUUUUCUGUAGCAUUACAAAAUUUAGUCUCUGUUUUAACAGAUGUUGAACCUUAUGAACCAUUUUGGGAAAAAAUUCAACAUCUAAAUUUUUCUAAUAAAAAUAUAGAAUCAUUAAUAGGACUAUGCGAUUUUUGCCCUAAAUUAACUAGUUUAGAUGUUAGUUAUAAUGCGCUCACGUUUUUAACUGGAUGUCCUGAAACUAUACGAAAUAUUAACUUACAAAAUAAUAAUUUGUCAUCUCUUACAACGUUUUCCUGUUUAACGAAUAUCCAGUAUUUAAAUCUUUCUAAUAAUGAAAUCCAAAGCCUUAAAAGCUUAAAUGUUUUAAUUCAUCUUCGACAACUAAAUGUUUCAAAUAAUAAAAUUUCUAAUUUAGAUGGAAUACAAAAACUUGAUGGUCUUUUAGAUCUUUCUCUUUCUCAAAAUCUACUUUCUGAUAUAGAUUUAUCUGGUUAUAAUCUUUUUAAAUUAGAACAGUUAGAUCUUUCUUGUAAUAAAAUAAAGCAACUUAUAGGUAUACACAAUUUACAUAAUUUGAUGACUUUAAAUUUGGAUAAGAAUAAUCUUUCUGUUUUUUAUUCAGAAAAAAAAAUGCCAAAACUUCGUGUUUUAAGACUUUCUACGAAUUCUCUGAAAAAGUUUAAUUCUGCAAACUUUUCAAAUCUUCGAGUAUUAUUUUUAGAUAGCAAUAGUCUUCAAUGUAUAAAUGAAAUUAAUCAUCUUAAAAAGCUAGAAAAAUUGUCAAUAAGAAAUCAGAAAUUAAACGGAUUAAAUAUUGAGCUAAAUUCAUUAAUAAAUAUUAAAAAAAUUUAUAUGUCAUUAAAUCCCAUUUGUUCAUUGAACUAUUAUUCUCCGCUUUUAACUUUACAAUAUUUAGAAUUAGUAAAUGUGCAGAUGGAAUCUCUCCCAAAAUCAUUUGCAGAAAUAAAUUUAAAUCUUCGUACACUUAAUCUUAGUUAUAACCAUUUAAAGGAUAUUAGUCCAUUAAAAGGAAUGCCUAUGCUCAAGCGAUUAUUUAUUAAUGGGAAUCAAAUUUCUAAAAUAACUAAUAUCAUAGAGGUAUUGAGUACUUUAAAAGCUUUACAUAGCUUUGAUAUGAGAUUAAAUCCAUGUAUUAUAAAUUUGUAUCCACCGUUCUUUUCAUUAGAUUCAAAUAAUUCUUCAAUUCAUUUUAGUCUUCAAAUAAAAUUACAUGACGACACUUGGGUUGAAAAAGAUAAGACAUUUUUCAAAAUAUUACCUAAAAAACUACAGCUUAGACGAAGAUUAUACCAAGAUCUAAUUCUUUCAUCUUGUCCUUUUCUAAAAUGGCUUAACGGCAAGAACAUUUCAGAAACUCAUAUAAAGAAUGCGAUUAAGUCUGUUAGCUCUAUCCCAUUUGAUGCAAACCUUAAAUUAAAUCAUAAAUAA